CCUAUCAGAUCGGGGUACAUGGACGGCCAAUACAGACAAAAUUCGUCCUGACGGAGAAGUGAGCUCAACGUCAAACAGGAGGCAGGCCCAGGCAGACAGACUCCCAGUGGACCGUGAGUCCUCAGGAAUUUGUAUUCUAACGCUGGUCACUCCAAAUACCACCACCGAAGCCUGACUACAAAUGCUCUCAACGCACAUAGACGCAUGACAUUACGAACUUUGAGUACAGUCAAGCUGUAGCCAGCUGUACGGAUAUUUAUCAGGUCUUGACUUGCUGUAUUAUAGUAUCCUCGAUCACUUCGAUGACCUUGGAUCUGCAAGGGAAUGGCAUGUAUAUCAAUCACAUCUCAUUCUGACAUUCAGUUGACAUCGAGAUCAACUUCUCAUUACUUUCCGAUCGGGUAUCGUUUUAUAGAAUCCCCAGAACUCAACUCAAAAUGACAUCGUAUGACAGCAUUCGCAACGAUCGAGACUCUCAACUCGAACAACCAGAAGAUGAAUUGAUCGCAAGCAGCAAAGGCAAUCCUAUCCUUGACCAAGAUGGCACUGGUGCUCGCCCACUACCUACCAUGAGGAGACUCCCAUCGGCUACCAACCCUGACCCGCCAGUUGUUUGGCAACAAGGGUCCGGGCCCCGAGCGAGCUACCGACAUAGACGACAAGCCCGCAGAGACUGUACACAUUCAACUGUCGUACGCUUCCAUGACGACAACUUUGUCUGCCCGAAUUGCCUUUGUGAGCCCAUCGAAGGCUAUGUCUAUCACUGUGUCGAGGAUCUUGAGCUCAGGUUGAACAACGCCAUUUUCGAGGACAACUUUGUCGCCUGGGAUGAAUUCGGAGAAGGACUCGCAAAGCUUGUCAAGCCGCCCGCGCGAGGCCCGGACCGAAGAACAACUGCAGACAGACAAACCAUCCUCGCAGAGAUGACGGCGGAGCAGAAGGCCAAUUAUACCGAGGAAGAAAUCGAGAAGCUCGUUGCUCAACGCAAACACGCCCUUGUGGCAGCCAGAAUUUCGGCAGCACAGGCUGGAAAUACUUCAGAUAAGCCUUGGGUAUUGUCACCAAGGCAGGAGUGCGAUAUGGAGUUCUGCCACAGCUGUCGUCCCUGUUUUGCUGAAAGGAGCUACCUGAGCCUGAAUGGUAUUGUCAAUGGAGACGUGCCGGCUACUGCAGCGCUGGGGUUUGGCUUUCAUGCAUACUCCUCUCGACCUCUGUAUGACCCAAAUGUCACUAGGAAUCUUGGUCUUCGGCGCCCUCCUGAACCCUUUCCAGCCAGCCAUACCCAGUUCAAUCUCAUGGACCUGAUCGAGUCACAUCUGAACCAGCUCAAUACAUACCCACCGCCUCAGCAGAACUUUGACUUUCAACACAGCCAUGCGGUGGGAUACCCUCUGGGUUCCAUUAUGAAUGAAAGUCACGAGCCCAAGGCUGGUAGCGGUUUCUUUGGUUGCGAGGUAGUCAGGCCGCCUUGGACCCCUCCACCUACGCCGCCUUUAAUCGAGUGCAACGACCAAGGUGAAGCUAUUGGCGGCAGCACCGUCAUUCCCCAUGAUGGCCGCAGUCCUAUUUCCAUCAGGGGCAACUCAUUUGUUCGACAGCAAGUCUUCCAGACCGUACCAGGUGGGAUCGUCCACAGCUCCGCCGAUGACCUGGGCGAAAAGAUACCACGGAAUUUGCCGGCUUGUAUUUUCGAACAAGAUCGGCUCAAGUACCUGACGGAGGAAGCCUGUGACGUAGGUCUCGGCCUGCCUUUCAGCCAAGAGGAAUACAAAUUUGCCUGCUCAACGAUGCUACCCCCAGCGGAUUUUGAUGAGGUAUUUGCACUUAACGACGGUGAUACCAGGUCUGCCAGCACUUUGGUUGUGAAACAUCUUGACCUUAGUCACGACCUGCGCCCAAAGACGAAGAUGGAACGCAUAGAGGAGGAAGAGGGUCACUUUGGCGAGAAUCCUCUUCAAGUAGUGGAUGGCAUCGCACUCACGGAGGAGGCAGUACAGACUGGAACCCCGGACAUUGUUAUCUGACACAAC